AAACCCCAAUGGCUAUCUUUGGCGGGAAUGAAUAAUCCCUCUCCCUCCCAUUUUGAGACCCUCCAUUUUCAUAUCAUUUCAUUCAAUUGAUUUGGAUUUUCAUUAAAAUAUUAGUAAAUUUACUAAGCCAUCACUCUCUGUGGAUAGCAAGUAUAGACUAACUGCACACUCGCCCCUUUCACAUUCUUCCAUAAAACAAAGCCAUUCAAUUCGUGAGGCAGGUGAAUUGACACCCUCCCCAGAUCUUAGAGACGCUCUCCUUCCUUCUUUUCUUUAUCAGAAGAUUUAUCUGUCAGUGUUUGGGUUAGGGUUUUUGAUUAUUCUGAUAACUGACGAAAUUAUGGUGGAGUCGUCCCGGAUGGUCAUUGACCUCGACGACGAGCCCAAGAAAACCCUAAAGCGAAAGCGAGCAUCUUUAACCUCGGUGCUCACGAUUGAGCAGAAAGCAGCCCAAAUGGAAGCCUUGAAGAAAGAAAUGGAAGGGCUUUAUGGGUAUUACGCAGAAAUGAUGAAAAAGAAAGGAGGGUUUGGUCUGGAUUGGGAAAUCAGCGGAAAUGAGAAUAUGGUGAAUGGGAUGGUGGGGUUGUUGAUGGAGGAGAGUGAGUUGGCUCUGUCGAAGUUGGUGGAGGUUAUUUAUGAAAAGUUGUCCAAUUUUAAUAGCAAUAUGAUUGCCACGGUGGCGCUGGUGAAGAGUGCGGUGCUGUUUGUAGGGCAGAGAGUGAUGUAUGGAGUGCCCAAUGUCGAUGCUGAUGUUUUGGAGGAUCAGACUCCCGAUUCUCUCUGGUGUUGGGAGGUACUGGUUUGGAUCUUGACUAGAGAUCUAAAGCUGUUGCCUAAAUCUGUGCGUGGUGAAAUAAAAAUUCGUCGUAUAUGUCGGAAAAAGAUCCAUGAGAGAAUUAGUGCUGUUUCUGCAAUGUUAGCUGCACUACAAAAGUCAGAGAGUGACCAGAGUCACAAAUUUGAUUUGAUGAAGGCAUCAGAAAAACUCAGCAAAGUGUUACAAGAGGCAGAUAUCCGUUUGUUAGUGGAUACUUUGCUACAAAAGAACGGUGCUGAGUUGGCUGACAAGGAAGCAAAACGAGAACAAAAAUUGCUCAUCAAGCAACUGGAGAAAAAUAAACGAGAAGUUGAAAAGGAGAAAAGGAGGAUGGAUCUUGAACUUCUAAAGGAAAAGAGGCAAACUGAAAAAGAGCAUAAGCGAUUGCAAGAGGAGACAGAAAAGGAUGAAAAGCGUCGUGAAAGAGAAGAGUCUGAAACGAGGAGGCAAAUAAGAAAGCAGCAAGAGGAAGCUGAAAAGGAACAACGGCGUAAAGAGAGAGAAGAAGCUGAACUGAAAAGGAAAAAUGCUAUAAAGAAACAAGCUUCAAUAAUGGAACGCUUUCUUAAAAGAAGCAAAUCUAAUUCACCAUGCCCAAAUGAUGAGACUUCAACUAAAGCAACAACUUCUGAUUCGGUGAGCAAGCAGAGGUUGAAGAUUCCUGAGGCAGUCACUCUUGCUAUGGACUUUACUCUUUCAUCAAAUGAUGAUAUUGGAAUUGACAAUAUCUGGAAGUUUCACUUGUCUUCCUGGUGUCAUAUGGGUCGUAGUAUCCGUUCGAAUAGAAAACAACAUUGGAGCAUACGUCAGAAGCCUAAGACUGAACUAUUUAAGGAACUUAAGCUAACUGGUAACCGGGAUCUUGCUCAUGAUGAUGAGUCGAGCGUAGAGAAGCUUGUAAGUGGAUGGGAACAGUCUUCUGAUGAUAGAUCGUGUGUAAUGAAUUUAGAGAGUUCUGAUGCUAGAAAGAUCCAGAGGAAGCAGUUGCUGCAGUUUGACAAGAGUCACAGACCUGCAUUUUAUGGAAUUUGGCCUAAGAAGAGUCAUGUUGUUGGCCCACGCCAUCCUUUUAGGAAGGAACCAGACUUGGAUUAUGAUGUCGACAGUGAUGAAGAAUGGGAAGAGGAGGAUCCUGGUGAAAGCCUCUCAGAUUGUGAUAAGGAUGAUGAAGAACAAAGUUUAGAGGAAGGAUGUUUAAAAGAUGAUGAAGAUGAAAGUGAAGAUGGAUUUUUUGUUCCUGAUGGGUAUCUCUCAGAAAAUGAGGGAGUAGAAGUUGAUAGACUGGAAACUGAUCUCUCAGUUGACGAGGCCAGAGGUACACCUAGCUGUAAGCAAGAGUUGGAGAAUGAGGAAUUUCGUACCUUACUUCAAUGGCAAAAGUAUCUGAACAAUUUAACAGAAAUUGCACUUAGGAAAAACCAGCCUUUGAUUAUAUUAAAUCUAAUGCAUGAGAAGGACCCCUUGUCAGCAGCCAAAGAUCUAACGGGUACCUUUAAGUCGGAAAAGAUGUGUUUGGAAGCUCUUAGCAUGCGCAUGAACCCUGGUGGGCUACCUGUGGAAAUUUCAGUGGUCGACAUGCUAGCUGAAGAUCAAGAUGCUUGCCUUUCAAUUGUCAAGGCCAGUAAUACACAUAUCUCAGCUGUGACAACUAUACAAGAGUCAGAUAUGCCUAUAGUUGUUUCUGCUAUUCAGUCUGGCUCACAUAGCAUCAAUAAAGUGGUAGAGUUGUUGCAACAGAAGUUCCCUACUGUCUCAAAGUCUCAGAUUAGGAAUAAAGUUCGCGAGAUAUCAGAUUUUGUGGACAACCGUUGGCAGGUAAAGAAAGAGAUUCUAGAUAAGGUUGGCAUAUCAAUUUCACCAGCAGAGAAAGGUGGAGGAAGAAUGCAAAAUAUCUCAAAGUUUUUCUCAAAGAGGUGCUUGCCUCCGGCUGCUGAAAGUAUCAAUCCGGAAGCGACUUCUCCAGAGCCAUCUAGAAAACCUGGUUCUGCAGUUCAGGGCCAGCAGGCUUGCACGUAGCCUUUUUCGGUGGCUUCACUUUUUGCUUCUUGGCAUUCCAGUUUUAUGUGCACUACCUUAUCUGCUAAUAUACCAUAGUAUAGUGUAAUUAGAUGUCGGUGUUAUGGUAACUAAAAUCUUAGUGAAAGAAAGAUUUCUUUGUCGGUCCACUCACUGAGCCAAUUGAAUGUUAGGUUAGAGUGAGAAGAAGCCAGCUUUGGUAAAGCUGCGAAAAAUAGAUUAUUAAAAUAAAAUUUUCCUGUAUUGUGGAUAGUAAUGUUUAGUAUUAUAUUAUGUGUUGUGCA